CUGGUCAUUGAUCUUUAAGAUUCCCUGAACUUCUCCAAAUCAUUUUGGACAAUUUGUCUACGUAUGAUUGAUAGAGACAGGAAGGAAGUUGAAGCGAGUGUCAAAUUUCCUACACAAUCCAUUCCUUCUAUCCUGAAAGAUUUUUCUCAAAAAGUUACUCGGUAUGCGUUUGAGUUGGUAAACCAACAGAUGAAAUUGUCUAAAACUGGAUACAGCAUCAUUGAAACAGAUUCAUCAUUCCAGAUUACUUCUGGAACGAGUAAUUAUUGCAUUUCUCGUGACUUGUCACGUUGUUCUUGCACGUUUUUUGCUAACUAUCGCCUUCCGUGUCGUCAUUUGCUAUUCAUAUGUGUUGAAGAAAAUUUGACUCUUUCUUCUAAUUGCUAUGAUGCGUGCAGGAACCAAUGUUCAUCAAAUGAAGAAUCGUUUGAGGUUCCUAAGGAUGGCAAUACGGUUUCACCUAUAUCUGUUUUUGUUAAACAGCGACACGGAAAAGUCGUAACUAGAGAAUAUAUGUGGAAUGCCGCCAAUAAGUUAUCAAAGGAAUGGUGCAAUGCCGUUCAAGACCUUCCACUUCCAGCAUUCCAGGGUCAAAUGAACCUCAUGAAUAAAAUGCUUUCUGGAGCAAAGAAUUGUCAUGUUGUUUCGUUCGAUAUGAGUAAUGGCGCAUCUGUCGACGUAUCUGAUGAUGUCACAGAACAAUUAACUCCCUCUACAUCUAAAUCAUCGACUGUUAGUCGGAAGGGUAAAGCUUUGAAAAAGAAGUCAUUAGAUGAUUCCGCAUCGACAUCUGUAACCUCUCCUCCCAAUAAAAAAAUUGUGUUCCGAGUACGUUGAAACAGUUGCCGUUGCCUUACCAAAAGCGCUAUGCUGGUCGUCCUCGCACAUCAAAGGCGAGACAUUUUGCUGCCUACACUAAAGCUCCGAAAUCUUUUUUGGCCAAAAAUACUACAGAAAAAAAUAAAUGUUUUUGUCUUGGAUUAUUGGUUUUGAGAAGGUAUCUCUUAUUAUAGAUUUUGGAAGGAAGAUUAAAGAAGAAGAAAUCAUUAGCAUACCCGACAGUGUCAGCAAUGCAAUCAUUGAAAAAAUCAAGCAAUGCAAUCUUUCCUUGUAGUUUAUGCAAGAGAAAUAUUGAAAAAAACAAAUCUUCUGUUGGUUGUGAUUCUUGUCUCCAAUGGUAUCAUAUGGAUUGUGAAAAGUUGAGUCGAGUUCCAAAUUCCGAGAAUUAUUUUUGCAAGACUUGCCGUAAAUGAUCUUUUACUCAAUAGGCCUAAGUCAUGCGAGUUUCAAUUUCCAAAAUAUUUUUUUGCAAGACUUGCCGUAAACGUAAAUGAUCUUCUCUUUACACAAUAAGUCCUGCCUUUUCCUUUUUAUGCCAUUUUUUUCCUACGUUUUUGUACUUUCCAAAUCAGACCAAAUAAAUUUUUGGUGUUUCCUUUCUUAGAAAAGAUAA